UCUUUGAGCAAUGAUGGCAGAUUUGGCGGAACAUAAUAAUAGAUAUUGUUAAAAAACGAUCCAUAUAAAUCGAUUCUUAGGGCUCCAUCGUAAUAAUUAAAUAACAUAUUAUAUCUAUGAUUACGAUUUAAAGUAUCGAUACAAUACAACUGUAUCUGGAUCGCUUAUUUGCCUUAAUUAAAGGCACAAUAUUUUAAAUCUUAUUUGCAGUUGAGGUUUAAACUUUAGUAUAUCUAUAUUUCUCCUAAGUCCUAAGACUGAAAACAUGUUAAAUGUAACAGAAGUGAAUAAACGUGACAAUUGGCUAGAGUUAAAAGUUGAAAUAGAGAACAAUGCAAAGAGUACUUCUACAAAGACUGAACAUGAUAUAAAUUCAUCAUUAAAAAUUUGUUUAAAAGUGUUACAGACAAAGACGAGAGACAUACUAAAACAAACACAACAAUAUCCAUAUCAAAAUGUAUUUGCUCCACAAAAACAAGUUGAAUUUUACGAGGCAAACAUUCUACUACUAUUUAAAUUUGUGAAAACUAACACUAAUGAUGAAACAAUGUAUUCAAUUAUUUGCAAUAGUAUAGGUUUAGGUCUAUUGGAUAAGGCAUUUUGUACUGACAAUGAUUCUUGGUUCUUGGUCCAUGAGACAACAUCUACAAAAUUGAGCUUCAAUAUUAUUUUCACAACGAGAAUAAUUAAAAGUGAAAAUCCAUUUAAAGCAUUGUAUGAAGAUAUAGAGCUGAUGGACUUCAAACUGGUUGGUGAGGCAGGGUCAGAGGUGAAGGUACAUGGGGCAGUGCUGGCCGCUCAGAGCCCCAGCAUCAUGAAGAUGAUACAAGAAAAAUCUAUCAAGGAUAAUACUAUUGAAUACAGUGGAGUAAAAGAGAAAACUUUGCAAGACUUUAAAUCCUACAUUUACUUGUAUGUUUUGCCGCAAGAAGACAUAGAGCAGUUGUUGCUUUUGGCGUCCAGAGCAACAAUGGCUGAGUUAGAGCGCAAGUGCAUCGGCCAGAUAAUGGCCUCUCUGACUGCUACCAAUGUGUACCGCAUAACUGAAUUUGCUCAACAACAUAAGAUACAUGAUCUAUAUUUGAAUGUUUUAGAAUAUAUUCAAAAGGGUAAAAUUAAAGUAAUUGACAUUAGAAAUAGUUUAAAGCUUUCUAAUGUUUAAUGAAUGCUGUGUGUUAAGUUUUAUAAAGAACAUCUCUGCACAUUGUUCUAUAUCUAUAAUA